GUGCCAGCUUUCUGGUGAGGGGCAAAUCAGAGAGGCGAGCGGCUCUGGAGCUGGCUGAACCCCACCAACACGACGCCUGGGUGUCCCUCAUGCCUCAGAGCAGCCGGGUGACGGCAGGCACUCGGCCGCCCUCACGGCAACCUGCCUGGCGCGGCGGGUGGCUGCCCCCGGGGCGGCCGCCCUCUGCUCAGCCCUCCUCUUCCAACAGGGCAAGAUUUUGGAAAAGAUGGGGGUGUGCAGCCAGAUCACCUUCACCCGCUGCCUGCAAAACGGGAAGAAACUGAGGCCGGACCCGCAGCUCUCGCAGCAGGACGAGCGGUUCGACGGGGUCCCGGUGAGGGUCUACCGGCCCCGGGCGCCUGCUACCGGCCUGCGGCCAGGCGCCAUCUUCCUCCACGGCGGCGGCUGGCUGUACUGCAGCAUCGAUUCCCAUGAGAAGGUAUGCCGGUGCAUUGCCAAAGGAGGCGAGCUGGUGGUUGUGUCUGUUGGGUAUCGUUUAGCUCCUGAGCACAAGUACCCUGCUGCCUAUGAAGACUGUCUUAAUGCCACCAUACACUUCAUGAAGAAUGCAGAGCACUAUGGUGUGGAUUCUGCUAAUGUAAUUGUCUGUGGGGACAGUGCUGGGGGCAAUCUAGCAGCAGCUGUUAGCCAGACCCUUGCAGGCAGAUCAGACCUCCCCAAGCUACGUGCCCAGAUCUUGAUCUACCCAGGCCUUCAGGCACUGGACUUCAAUUUGCCAUCCUAUCAGCAGAACCAGGGAGUCCCCCCCUUACUCCGAGAACAUGCUGCUUUCUUUGCUUUGCAGUACCUAAAUGGGGAUGCAUCAAAUAUGCAAGAGAUCUUGGAGGGCUCUCAUAUUCCUCCAGAUAUGAGGCUCAAAUACAGGAAGUGGGUGAAUCCAGAUCACAUCCCUGAGAAAUUUAAGGUCAGAGGCUACAAGCCACACGAGCCUGGUGAAUUCAAGCCUGAAGUUUAUGAGACAGUGAAAAGAGUCUGUGAGCCCAGCCUGUGCCCACUGUUGGCCGAAGAUGCUCGUAUUCAGCAGCUGCCUGAGUCUUUCAUCUUCACCUGUGAGUACGAUGUGCUGAGGGAUGAUGGCUUGCUUUACAAAAAGCGACUGGAGGACAGUGGUGUCCAGGUGACCUGGUACCACCUUGAAGAUGGAUUCCAUGGAAUUUUAAGCCUAUAUGAUAAUUACGGUUUCUCAUUUCCAUCUGGGAAGAAGGGUUUGGACAGAAUUGUUGAAUUCAUAAAAGGCCUGUAAAACCAUCUUUCCCUCUUCAUGCUUCUUUCACUAAUGUCUUCAUUUAGACUCCCAAACCUCAGGUAGUACUUGCCAGAAAAAAAAAGUGAUUCCCUUUGAUGUGUUAAAUACUAAUUUUGAAUCCUGAACUUCAAAUGCUGCCUGAACACUGCCUUUGUCCUCAUGAGACAACUGACAGUUCAGUCUUUACAGUUGUAAGGUCUUCUACUUGCUGUGUUUCAAACCUUCUUCUUUCAAAUCAGCAUCUGAUUGAUACUUUGUGUUUAAUUAUCUGAUGAUUCACUUCCAGUCGCUUCAGGAGGGUUGUGCUAUAUGAUCUCUAGAGGUCCCUUCC